AUGUCUCCCUUGUCUUCAUCCAGCUCCAUCGGCAUCCUGGCAUCAGGUGUCAGUCUUGGAUCAUGGCCGGCACGGACAGCCCGCGGCGGUCUGCCAAGGACUCGCGACGGAAUACUCGGCUUCGGCUUGCUUGUGAAAGAUGUCAACGCCGUAAGAUACGGUGCGAUGGACAGUCGCCAAGCUGUGGGAGCUGCCAGCGAGCUUCUGUAG